GGAGCGCGCUGAGGGAAGAGCCGGCGCGAGUGCCGGGGAGGCGGCGCGGAGGGAGGGCAGCCCGGCUGCGGGAAGCGGGGCUCCGCGCUGGGACUGGUUCCUUCGCAGCCAUUUUCCGUCCAACCAAACAGCCGAUUUGCGGAGGGAGCCAACCAGGGCCGCACUGGAGAUGGAUGGUGAUAGCUCCACGACAGAUGCUUCUCAGUUAGGAAUUGCUGGAGAUUACAUUGGUGGCAGUCACUAUGUGAUACAGCCUCAUGAUGACACAGAGGACAGCAUGAAUGAUCAUGAAGAUACGAAUGGCUCAAAAGAGAGUUUUAGAGAACAAGAUAUAUAUCUUCCAAUUGCAAAUGUGGCAAGAAUAAUGAAAAAUGCCAUACCCCAAACAGGAAAGAUUGCUAAGGAUGCAAAGGAAUGUGUACAAGAGUGUGUAAGUGAAUUCAUCAGCUUUAUAACAUCAGAAGCAAGUGAGAGGUGUCACCAAGAGAAGAGAAAGACCAUCAAUGGAGAGGAUAUUCUCUUUGCCAUGUCUACGUUGGGGUUUGAUAGCUAUGUUGAACCUUUGAAGUUAUACCUCCAAAAAUUCAGAGAGGCAAUGAAAGGAGAAAAGGGAAUUGCGGGAACAGUUACAACUGGAGACGGUCUAAGUGAGGAGCUCACAGAGGAAGCAUUUACUAACCAGUUGCCAGCAGGCUUAAUAACCACAGAUGGCCAACAGCAGAAUGUUAUGGUCUACACAACAUCAUAUCAACAGAUCUCCGGUGUUCAACAAAUUCAGUUCUCAUGAUUUUGAAGAAAACUUUUUAUCUGGGAACAUGAGACGGAAAACCUGUGCAACUCUAAUGAAGAGGCAGUUUUAAUGACUGGUGAAGAGAUUUAUCUCUUUGUAUAUUAAAUAGCUGUAAUGUAGCUACCAGAAGCUUGACUAAUUGAGGUGUGAGUUCUGACUCAAAUCUUUUUCAUGAUGAUUUUAAAAAAAAUAAUUGGAUUUUAAAGGUAUUAAAGUAUUUUUGUUUUGUACAAGAGUUUGUUGCUCUGUAUAACUCCUGUAUGCAUUGUAUAUUGCAAUUUAUUACUGUCAGAGAUUUGUAGACAGUUUCUUAUUUUCAUAUUGAAUCAUGUUACUUUUGUAAUUCAGGUAAACAGCUGGGUUAAUUCAUGUUUACCCUUUUAAUUAAAUUGUAAGGGUAAAGUUCAUUUUUGAAUGCAAGUUGCCUUUAUUAUAAAGAUUGAGUUGGUCUUGGUUAUGUAACUUGUCUUGCAUGACAACCUCAACUAACUUUACAUGUCAGCAUAUUUAUUGAAAUUUUGAAAGGGACUUUUUCCUCAUGAAAUGAGCAGCUCAAAAGAAUUGCUACAACUGUUUUUUUAAUGUAACUUCUGAAUUAAAAGUUAAUCAAAACCAAUGAAUGCUCUACUACAUUUAGGGGCUUAGAGCUUAUCAACAGUGCCGAAAGCACUGACUGUGUGUGAUGCAGGUUUUUUUUUCAGUUGCAUUAACUCUCCUUUAACUUACUUUGAUAUUUUUAAGGUGGUCUUUCUGCCUUCGUUUUUAUGUAUGGUUUUUAGAAUCCAAAACUUAGAAAUCCAAGGCUAGUGGGGGAGGGGGGGAUUUUAUAGUCCUUGUGGUAAAAGAUCUCAUUUUAACUUUUUACUGAAAUGUUUUAAGGUUUCUUGUGAGACUGUGGGAACUCAAAUGUGUUAGUGACUUUGUGUGCAGGCUGCCUGUGUGUGUGUGUGUGUGUGUGUGUGUGUGUGUGUGUGUGUGUGUGUGUGCAGGAGUGGCUGAAACUUGAACAAGUGAUACAAACCUGAAAUGGAAGACAGACUUCUAGUUUGCUGUCUCUUUCCUGGUUUUGCAAUAAACUCUUCCUGGGUAAUGUAGUUCUGUAUAUUUAGUGAGCUGUUCUUGGUAACAUUUCUGUUUCUUUAAUAAUUGGGUGGGUAAUUUUGUUGCCAUGUCUUAGCCUGUUAGGGUAAUGGUGGGGGUUUCAGUAAUAUAUCUUACUCAGACUGAAUUUUGGGACCUUUGAUAUUUUUACUGUUUGCAGUGGACUGCAAUGUAAUAUAAUAAUUAUCUUUCCACCUACAUGUCAUUAAUUUAAGCAAACCACACCUUGCAACUGUUGCCAUAUAAUUUCUUGCUGGUUUUGUCUUUUCUGAAAAAAAAAAGAAAAAAAAAGCCAAAAAAAAAAAGUAACAGUUCAGUAUUGGGAAAAUAGCUUAAACUAAGACAUCCUGGAAGCCUGAAAUAGGCAGUUCUUUGCUAAACAAAAAUUUUAUGUAUGUGCAGAUUUAAACAGCGUUUCUUACGUGUCAGCAUCAUGCUGGCAGAGCCUUUGGAGGUGAUCCAGUGUAUUCUGUGGCAGUCUGGACGGAUGUUCUGGGUUUUGUGGCAGCCUGUCAUUCUUCAGCAGCUAUGACUGAACAAAUGGAGUUUUUCAUUAAAUGUAAAAAUGAAUAAUACAA